CAAACAUCUGAGAUGAGUGAUGAUGCGCAGGCGCGCUUGUUGGCGCCAAUGCCCGGUACAGAUGGCAGAUGUUUUGUAACCAGUGCGUACUUGUACACGCUUGGCAAAAUCGUAAGCAAUUUCAAUAAUUAUUUGUGAGACAACUAGCCCCCCUAUCGCAAAUCUAGUAGCACCGCGUGAAAGUCCACACUUUGCGGAACAUGAAUCUGGUAAAAUUUUCGUUAUUAGAUGAGGCCUGAUGCUAGUUGAGGCCGAGUUUGUCGCCGCGAACCCAGCUGCUUUGUAUAAAGUGGUUUGGAAACCAUUUUGUUUAGUAUUCCGGAACAUCUCGUUUUUGACCCGGUGUUUUCGAAAAUAUCUCGGUUGAGGAAGUAAUACAGUGUGAGACAUCCGAGGAAAGAAGCCCGACCUGCAAGAUCGGCCACCAAUGCUCAACCGUGAAUUUUAAUGAUUUGAACAAUAGACAAAAUGCCUCGACCUUUCCUCCGAACGGAAAGCCCCAGGGGGUACAGAGCCGCAAUGUCUGAGACCACCCCCGACAUGGGCAUCGUCAAAUCCGAGUACGUGACCAGCCCCCAUUUGCUUGAUCACGGCUAUGGGGCCACGCCGCAAAACCAAUUGCUCCCAUCGGCGGCUCCGAAUGCAACCGCGCCAGUUAAACGGAGACUUAACCUCGAACUUGAACGGGGCCGAGUGGUGCCUCUGAAGCAGGAAUUCAAGCCCCCGCAGCCCAAAAAGCAAAAACGGUUGACCCCUACGAAAAAAAACACGCGAUAUGAUACGUCCUUGGGGCUCCUCACGCAGAAAUUCUCGGCCCUUCUCGAGGAAUCCCCCAACGGAGUCGUCGAUCUCAACAAGGCCUCGCAGCAACUCAACGUGCAAAAGCGCCGAAUUUACGACAUCACGAACGUCCUGGAGGGCAUAGGCAUCAUCGAGAAAAAAUCCAAAAACAAUAUUCAGUGGAAAGCCAGUCGGAAAGACAACGAAAAGUUCCUCAGACUCACCAAGGACCUGCAGGACUUGGAGAAUCAGGAAAACGACCUCAAUCGAAUGAUCAACACAGUAAAAAAACAACUGAUGGGGUUAAACAACGACAAACAUGGGUUUGUCACUUAUCAGGAUUUGAGAUCGAUAGAAAAGUUCAAACAGAAUACAGUUAUCGUGGUCAAAGCGCCCCCGAAAACGCAUUUAUCGGUGAAAACCGCCUCCAAAGAGGACAAUAAAUACAGUAUUCAAUUAAAGAGCGACACGGGGGAAAUCGAGGUUUUCCUAUGUCCUGAAUAUGUACCACCUGCCAAACCAAAGACUGAACCUCUUGAGGAUGACUUUAAAGAUAUCAAAUUCAGUCCAAGUUUCGAUUUGACUACUCCACCUGUGCCUCUUUUCGACAGUCCUAGAGCACCGCAAAAGCAAAUUUCCUCGCAGAUAUGCAGGAACUUAUCAUUUACGAAAGAUCCAGUGGUCAGUGCCCGUACGCCACUAUCAGUACAAAAUCCAUUUACAUAUAAUAACGUUUUAACGUCAUCUCAAGAACCAACGCCUGCAGAAAUGGACCCGUUACGGCUCUCCCCUUACCCAUCAUUGGUGGAUGGUUACCCAACUUGUUUGGAUUCCAGCAGUUUGAAACUGGGGACGGUACCCCUCAUUAAUGAUAAUGAGGUACUAGGGCCCAUGAUGGGACCUUACUCCAUGCAUACAGCAAACAUACAAACAGGGUAUACAAUUGACUCGUUUUUCCCAAACGAACCGUUUCUACAUUUGGAACCGCCAGCAAUGCACUCUGAAUAUAACUUCAGUUUGGAUGCAAACGAAGGGUUACGAGAUCUCUUUGAUUUCUUAUAAAGGAAAUCGGUUUUCAUCAUUGCUCAUGUACAAAUUAUUUGCUUAUGAUCACAUUGAUUGUAACUUUAACUGAGGUUCUCAAGAUUACUAAAUAGUUGUCGUACUUAAUUGACUGAUUGGAAGCUUAAAAAUUUUGUAUAUAGUCGUGUUCUUAUUAAAAAGAUAUAUUUUACUGCCCGAGUAUUUGACAGGCAGAGAAAUUAUUUUAAGGUGUAUUAAUAACGGCACAGAUUUGUAAAUAUCGCAACUUAUUUUGGAAGUUGUAAUGAAACGGCUCAAAACUACAUUCCAAAAUCGAUGUUUUCUUGAGUGUAUACUUUGGGCUAUUUCGUAAUGAUGAGAACCUUGUAUUUGUGUCAUUUCAUUCAUUUUAUAUUUAUUGUUGAGUUAACAUUGGUUAAAUAUUAAAAUUAGAUUUUUACAAAUAUUUUCUAAGAAAAAACUGGACCAAAGUGCCUAUUUGUUUGGUCACGAUUAAUAUUUAAUUUUUUGAGCUGUCUCAAUGUCAAACUUAUUUAUUCAUUACGAAAAAACUACUUAUCACUAGCAUCAGAAAGUGUUAAUAUGAAAUGGAAUCAAAUGGUGCCAUUGGAAAAUCUCUUGUAAAUAUAUUUAUACACGCUUAUGGGGCAUUUUUGUCUGUUUUAAUUCCAUAAUUAGAAAUUUUAAGAGAAAAUUAUAUAGAUUUUACCUGCUGUUGUUUUUCUUUUUGUUAGUAAAAUACAUUGUUUGCACCCACUUCUGGAUCACCUUGCUUUUGUUGUUUUUAAUAAAAUAAUAAUUGCGCUAGUGUUGCAAUAAGUCCGUACUAGUCUUUUUUACAGAUGCAAUUUCGUAAGAUUUGUAAUUUUUUGUGAACAAUAUUUUAAAACUUGUUUGACUGAGUAUUUAAUAUUGCAAUUUUUGUAGAAGAACGUGGGUGUUUUGUUUAUUCAGUACAAUUAUUUUUGGUUUUAAUUGUUACUUCUGUAAAUAGGUUAUUUUAAUGUUUAUCUUUUAUAUUAUUAUAUAUAUUAUAAAUGUCCGAAAGCCAAUAGAGGCCUUAAAUCAGUUCGGUAGAAACAUCACAUACAGGUGAUCUUUAUCUUAUGUCCUCUUUGACUAACAGUCCAAAAGACUUAAAUUUUUAUUGAUUAGGGGCCAUUCGAGCUUACUUUUCACCUUAUUAAACAUUCUAAAAUUACAAUAUUAAGCUUGCAUAUCACUUUUCUAUUUUUUUGUCAUUUGUGCAACUUUUUAACCUAAAACUCUCAUGAUUGUGAACUGUUUUAUGAUUUUUAUUUCAGUUUUGUGAUAGAUCGAAAGUUGUAUUAUCAAACAGGAAACUAACAAUAUUUUGCUAUUUGACGGCAAAUAAUCAUUAAACGUAAUAAUCAUGUCGAAGAAUUGCACAGUUUUUUUUAUUUAAAGUGUCACAUGUUUUGGCUGCUUAUUUCUUUGUAAUUUUUAUAGUUUAUAUCAGUUCACAAGUUAAGAGGCGUUAAUAAAAAUCACUCUGUACAUUUUGAUAAUGUACAUAAAAUUGUAAAUUAAAUAAUAGAUGCACUUA